AUGUACUUCCUGCAGUUCAUUCCCGCUGCGGACGUCGCCCUCUACGCCGUCAUCACCGGUCUCGCCUGCUUCUCCCGCUCCGCCCUUCGCUCCCGCGUUCUCGCGAACACCAACCUCCGCCCUUUCCUCGACCUCGAGCCGUACCUCCGCGACAUUGUCCGCGCCUUCCACGACAGCCAGUUCAAGACUGGCCUCGAGCUGCUCGCCAAAUAUGAGGCCUGCCUCCUCCUCGACAUUCACCUUGCCCAUCACGUCAAAGCACUUGUCCACUCGAUCCGCCUGGGUGCCAUCCAAGCCUACUUUGCCCCGUUCGCCUCCGUCUCGCUCUCCCGCAUGGCUGCCGCGUUCGGCUGGCACGAGGACUACAUGCAGGCAGCGGUCGCCGAGCUCGUCGGUAGUGGGAUGCUCAAGGCAAGGAUUGACUCGGCCAAGGGCGUGUUGGUGGCGAGGAUGCAGGACCCGAGGGUGGAGACGUCCAAGAACGCGCUUGACGAGGGCAAGAAGAUGCAGAAGAGGGCGGUUGCGAAUCAUCUCAGGAUGAAGCUCAUGCAGAACGACCUCGUUGUCAAGCCCGCCAGGCGUUCCGGCGGCGGUCGUGAUCAGCAACUGCAGUACGACGACCGUUCGACCACCCAGGUCGACUAA